GCUGCUGGUGCCGCAAACACAAUCACCUUCAGUCUGCGGUUGUUUGCUUCGAUCUCACAUCAGCCCUGGUUUCCAAUAAGUCUUUGGCAUUGCACUCAAGCGAGAAUUUAGUUCCUCGACCACCUGCAGCUCCGAGUCAUUAAGAUUCCACCAGCGCCCUUGCAAGCACCCAUAGGGAGACAAAGCGACCUGCUUCUGCUCGCCGCGAAGUGGCCGCCGGGAUGAGAUAGCCUGAAAAAGCGACGCAUCCCCAAUUCCACAAUGGCCACGCGAUCCGGAUCACAGCAGGCCAUACUCUCGUCCUAUGCACCGCGAUUGCGCACCUACAACAAUGCCCUUCUCCAGCCUGUCCUUCCAGGCACUGCCCCGUCAAACCCGCUCGCCCGCACCACCAAGCGCGGGACCACCAUCAUAAACUACGCCGAAGACGGCUACGACGAUUACGAUGACGACGAUGACGAUAGCAGGCGCCGGCCUACCGGCUUGCGCAGCCUGCGCCGCGACGACAGCGCCUCCAAGGUCGAUGUCAGCGAGAAGGUCGGCAAGGACACCAGCGAGCCUGUUGAAAUGCAGGGAAUCUAUCGCGACUGGAUGGCCAAGGUGCGACUGAAUAGGUCUGACGCCCAGAACUACGUCCAGGCCUGCCUGCCGCUCACUCUGGUCCCCAUACGAAUCGACUUGGACAUUCCCGCCUUCACGCCGCUGCCAGCCCUGCCCGCGCCGGGGCCCGUGGAUAUCAAUCAUCCUUUCUACAAGCCGCAAGAAGCGACAGUACCGUACCGGCUACGGGAUACGUUUCUAUGGAACCUGCACGAGACGCUGAUCACAACAGAUCAAUUCGCCACCCAGCUGGUUCAGGAUCUCGACCUCCCAAACCGAGCGUCAACCAUCGCCGAAAUCAGCAAACAGAUCCGGACACAACUCGAAGAAUACGCUGGAGUUGCGCUUCACCCGCUCUUCCACUCUCAUACUCACCGCUCCAAUGCCCCCGAGCCUCCCAAGGCACCCGGCCGUCUCGAUUCGGCCACUCCGGCCCUCAGCCGAGCCGACACCCCCAUGGGAGGCAGCAACAACAAUAACUUCGCUCCCACCCCGUCAAAACCACUCCGUCCUGCCGCACCCGCCGUGGUACAAACUGCCCAAGGCGAAAUAACCGCCGCGGCAACCCCCAUCCCGCCCGACCCAGCAACCACCACGGCAACAACCAACACCACCGCCGCUGCAACCGACGACUUCAGCCCCGACGACACAUACCGCUGCAUCAUUAACCUCAACAUCAACCUUUCCUCCCAAGUCUACACGGACAAGUUUGAAUGGUCGCUCCUGCACCCGCCCGGCACAGCCGAAAUGUUCGCCAAGCAAACCUGCGCCGACCUGGGCCUGCACGGCGAGUGGAUUCCCGCCAUGACGCACGCCAUUUACGAGGCCGUCCUCAAACUGAAAAAGGAGGCCUGCGAGUCCGGAGGGCUAGUCGCGGGCUGGGCCAGCAGCGCGUCUGCCGGUGCUGCAGGAAGCGGGGUGAUGAUCAACGAGUUCCCCAACGACGCGGCGCUCACGGCCGGCGGGGAGGGCGCCGGAUGGCGGUACGACCCGGAGCAUCUAGCGGACGAGUGGGAGCCGAAAUUGGAGACGCUGACCAGGGAGGAGAUUGAGAAGCGCGAGGGGGAUCGGGAGAGGCAGAUCCGGCGGCUGCGGCGCGAGACGGCGCGGUUCAGCAGCAAUACCGGCAUGGCCGGCGGGGUGCCCAUCGGGUUCGCCUUCUCCGGCCUGAUUGAGCAGGAGCAGGUGGAGGAGCGGAUGGGCCGCGGCGAGAGGAGUAAGAAGAAGAAGCGGUUUAGGAGUUUGAGCCCGCUAGGGAGGUCGGGUACCCCCACGGCUGGGGCGAGGGGGACGCCUGCUGCUGGUGGUGGUGGGGAGGGGUAUGGUGGUGGCGGCACGCUAACUGAUGUCGAGAGGAUGAAUUGGAGGUGCUCGCAUUGCCGUGUCUGGGGGACCAGCGUGUGGGCGGUGAGGGAUGGGCCGUAUGGGCCGAGGUCCCUCUGCAACAACUGCGGCUUCAUGUACGAGCGUGACCGCAAUUUGCCCCGCUGGACUAAGAAUCUGCAUGCCAACGAUGCCCGGCCGUUCUAGGUGGGUGGUAAGGGCAGCGCCAGGCUGAAUUCGGCAGCUGACGGGUACGCAGUCGUCACGCCCCGCAAGUCCCGCCGGUUGACGCGCGAGCCGUCGUCUGGGAUAGGUGUGAGGCUGUUUGACUGUCUGCGGUGUUGAUCGGAUUAGGGAUUGAGAUUAGCAACUAGGGUGGGGUGGCUGAUGAAGGGGACUCUCGGUUGAUCUACGGUUCAGAGGGGCGGACUCUAAGACGGCGACUUGAGUGUGUGUGGGCUGUUGUACGAUCCGAGUAAACGCAGCAUCCUUAUGGAAGGGAACAGGUGUGAGACGUGUUUUGUGUUGCUAUUACGGUAAAACCGGGUGACAGGAAAGGAACGGGUCGUCUGUACAAGAACUGAUACUUAUCGUGGGAUUGGGCUCUAUCACAUCCAAGCUCCUCGCCGGUUGUGUAUUCUAUACCAUGGUUAAUCACUGAACUGGAUCUAAGUAUGGACCCCA